AGGUUAUUUUCUGCAACUUCAGCAAUGCAACCUAUAGCUUCGGACGCAUUCAUGGCGAUAUCUGAGUUUCUUCCAGACCAGUCCAUGUCUUGGAUUUGCACCGCGCCUCUAACGCGACGAUCACAGGAGAAGUCAACUCGAGGACUGCGCCUUGGGUUGAACCGUUACCAGCAGGUGGAAGCUUUUUCGUUCCGUAAACUGCGACGGCUGCGUCUGCGGUGCGAUAUCAGUGAUGUUUACGGUCUACGACUGGCUCGGUGGUGGUUGCAAAAGUGCACCGACUUCUCUCCCUCUGAUGCGGACCCAAGCGGCGGACCUGAAUGCCAAUCUGUUCAAGUUGGAGACGGUCUGGUGUUACGCGCGCCCCUGAAGUUUUCCGCGAGCGCAGAGUUUUCGCUGUCGGUGCACUGUUGGGGCGAUCGCAAGGCAUCUGCUGCGACGAGGAGCGGGUGUGCCAGCACUGCCGCUGUUCCUGAACUGAACUGCUCCUUGGGGGACCUGCUUUCACUCGGUCGUAUUGAUUGUGUGGAAAUCAACGGCGCGACACUUCCGCCUACCCCUGCGGAGUGGCAGUCGUGCUUGGCGUUUUCGCGCGGAGUGGAAGAGUUCUGCCUCAAGGUUGGGUCCGUGCCACUGAACGAGCUGCUUUCGUUUUUGUACAGCAAUGGCUCCACUCUCCAAGCUAUCGAGGUUGUUGGUGUAGCGCUGCCUCGCUUGCAAAUGCUCGCGCUUGCGCCGCGCAUUGAGGAGGUGGUGCUGCGCAACGUCGCGAUUCAUCCUCAGUCUGUCGUCGUCAUCGACUCCACUAGCGCAGGCCAGCCACCUCGACCUGCGCUGCCUUCCACACGAGUUCCUCUUUCAGACCUGGAGGCUUUGCAAGGCUUGAAAAAGCUCGAUUUGAUGAACUGCAAGGCGGACCUCGACUGCACUGGGAUAGAACGCUGCACACUUUUACACUCCCUUCUUUUUAGCGGCUGCAGCAUCACAGACGCUGACGUGGAGUCGAUCGGGAAGCUGAGGCGCGUGGAGGAGCUUUUCUUGGCGCGAACACGGAUUACCAAUGUGCGGCCGCUGGCCGCAGUAGAGGACCUCAAGUUCUUGGUGCUCUCCAAUACCAUGGUGAACUCAGCCGGCAUCGAGGGCCUGCAGACGCUGCCGAACCUCACUCGUUUUGAUCUGUCGUCGACUCCCAUUACAGAUGUGAACUGUCUCAGCAAAAGCCGCAGUCUUGUGUAUCUGAACCUCUCCAAGACGGCGGUGACAAGCGAGGGAAUGCAGGAAUUGCAACACCUGGCCACUCUUGAGCAGCUCGUCCUCAAUGAAACCGCCAUUCGCAACGUCUCAUUUCUCUCCAACGCACGCUCGCUCAAAACGUUGUCCCUGCAGAGCACGUUGGUCGACACAGCCGGCAUCGACGGGUUCCGCCGCCUCAAAUCGCUACAAAACCUUUGUCUUGCCCACACUCGCGUGACGAAAGUGACGGAACUGCAGCAUUGUGAGAACCUGUGGAGGAUCGAUUUGCAGGGCUCACUGGUGGACGAGGACGGGGUCGCCGGGCUGGAGCUCCUUCCUUCUCUGCGCGCUCUUUCUCUCUCGCAAACAGAUGUUGCCGACAUUGGGCGGAUCUUAGCAAGCAGAUCCUUGGAGCAGCUGGAGGUAAAGCUCAGCCGUGUGUCGAAGCACAACCCGUUUGGCGCGGUCACGAAGGAUUCUCCUCUCAGAGAGGUCGUUCUGACACACUGUGAUGCAACGGAUGUCAACAACCUCGGCCUGUGUGCAGAGCUCAGCGUGCUCAAUUUGUGGUCGACAAAGGUCACGUCGAAGGGCAUUGCGGGGUUGCGCGACGCAAAAAGUCUGCGCGAGGCUGACCUUGCAGAGACCGAGCUCACAGAUAUUACUCCGUUGUUGAGUUGUUCUCAGCUUCGUACCUUGAUCUUGUACAAAACGGCACUGCACACCAUUGAGGGCGUCGAGGCGCUGUGCAACCUGCGUCGCCUCGACGUGGCGGAGACGCAAGUGUCCUCCAUCAAAGGCUUGGAGCAAUGCAAGCUUUUGGAGAUCUUGAACAUAUCCAGUACGCUCGUCGAUGACGCAGGGUUUAAAGGGAUUGAACGCGCACAGUCACUCAAAGCCAUUUUGUUGUCUUUCACACGGAUCACCCAGCUCGGUGCUCUAGGGAAUUGUACACAUCUGAAAGAGCUGCAUGCGCAGUCGUGUCCGGUGACGUCUGAAGGUCUUGCGGGACUGGAGAAGGCAUUUCGACUAGUCAAGUUGAAUCUGUCAUACACAAAGAUUGAGGGCAACAUCGCUCGGUUUGUAGGCUGCCCGCAGCUGCAGAAGCUCAACGUCAAGUUCACAUCCGUGUCGUACGAGGAGGUCCACUAUGUCGAGAUGUGUCUUCCUCACUGCCGCGUCAUGAAUGAUGCUUCGGAGAGGACCAAAAAAGGGGUUAAACUAACAUAA